CGUUUUUUUUCCCCACACAGCUGAUGACGUCAACGGCAAUCAGCGGUCGAGACAGUGGUACGACGUAUUGGUCUGCGAGCUUGAAACGAUGGUCCUCAUCAAGGAGUACCGUGUGGUUUUACCCUGUAGUGUUGAGGAGUACCAAGUUGGGCAGUUGUUUUCUGUGGCUGAAGCAAGUAAAAAUGAAACCGGCGGUGGUGAAGGGAUUGAAGUACUCAAAAAUGAACCCUAUGAGGAACAUGGAGAGAAAGGACAGUAUACUCACAAAAUCUACCGCCUGAAGAGUAAAGUUCCAGCAUUCAUUCAGCUCUUGGCACCAGAAAGUGCCUUUGUUUUUCAUGAAAAAGCCUGGAACGCCUACCCCUACUGCAGAACUGAAGUGACGAAUGAGUAUAUGAAAGAUAAUUUUUUGAUCAAGAUUGAGACGUGGCAUAAACCGGAUCUUGGAACACAAGAAAAUGUGCACAAACUAGAUCGUUCAACUUGGCAACAAGUCGCUGUUGUGCCCAUUGACAUUGCUGACAGAAGUCAAGUUUCAGCUUCUGACUACAAGCAGGAUGAGGACCCCGCCAAGUUCAAGUCAAUUAAGACGGGAAGAGGACCACUUGGGCCUCUUUGGAAGAAGGAGCUGGGUGCCAAGACUGACUGCCCUAGAAUGUGUGCCUAUAAACUGGUCACAGUUAAGUUUAAAUGGUUUGGCCUGCAGACUAAAGUCGAGAAUUUUAUCCAUGAGCAAGAAAAGAGGAUCUUCACCAACUUUCACCGCCAACUUUUCUGCUGGAUUGACAAAUGGGUGGAGCUAACAAUGGAUGACAUUCGACGGAUGGAGGCAGAGACUCAGAAGGAGCUGGAUGAGAUGCGCAAGCAGGGAGCAGUGUGUGGCACAAAGGCUGCAGAGCAGUAGCCAGGCCAGCUCCGCAAAAAAGGUGAAGUAAGAGGAACAAGUGCUGCAGACAAAUAAUGCAGCAAAGGAUCUCCAACUGCCAAAAUAACAGCAGCAAAGUUGGCUGCUAACAGGGCUCCUUCUGUGGCACUUUUUACUUCUUGUGUUCAAACAUUCAGGCUGUGGAUGAGGUGGGGGGUGGGGGUCCUCAUACAAUCAAUAAUCAUAAAUCCACAAAGGAGUUGAUUUCUAGCAACCAACACAAUCUUCGCUGACUUCCUUUUGAUUUUGCGGCCCUCUCGGUGAAUAUGAGAAAAAACAUUUUUUGCUCAAGUUGUGUUCCACAGGAGCAAAUUCACCCUCGUGAACUCGGAUUGGCAUGUGUUGGACCUAAUCUUACCUGCUGUUUUGUUUUUAGCCCCAAAACCUCCCCAGAUGAUUUCCAGGUCUGUCUUUUUCACAAUUUUAGCUGUACACACUGGUUCAGCGAUUUGCAUUCCUCAGUGUGUGUGUGUGUGUGUGUGUGCGUGCGUGUGCGUGUCAUUUUUCUUUUCCUGUUCCUCCACAACCUCCAUUAAGAGAUUACUAUCGCCCUUUGCACCUCCGCCCAUUAUAAUCCUCCCAUCAACAGCCCACCUAACCCAAAGCACUGCAUCUCAACACUGACAAUCAUGCCUGUGCAGGUCUUCGCACUCACUCAACGCACGCACACACGCAUGUGGACGCCACAUCUACACUCAUCGCAAACGGGCAUGCACACCCUCACAGGUGCAAAUGCCUUUGCAGUGACUGAUCCCCUUAACGAACCUAGGCGGAUCCAUGCAGACUCGAUCAGACAGGUGACGUUAAUUUAGCGGAUGUGUUUUUCCCCUUCAUUCGCAUGUCCAAUAGGCUCCCUAUUCUGAAGAUACCAAUUCAUGAGUCACUUUGCAUUUACUUGGUCUCCAAAAACAACCCCCGAUGGUGCUAGUCCCCUCGAGCAUGGCGCUGCUCAGCCCACCUUUAAUUUGUCCGUCCCAGAAGCCCGCCUGCCUUGUUCUGCUGCUAGAGCUGACUGUGUUCGUCUCAGUCCUCACUGUGUUUACAUGAGUGCUUCGCCAGUGCCCAGUUAAAAUCAGCGCUCCCCACAGCUUGCCUUAACCUCUGAAGCUUUUGGGCCUAAUCAUACCUACUGUACCUCUGCAAGCAGCUGCUCGCUUUAGCUACCUCCUUUGUUUCUGGCUGACCAUUUCACAGACACCUAAAGAUCUCACUGAGCGGUGAAUGUUUGCAAGUGUGUGCAAAUGUUGUUAUUUCGUCCAAGGCUGCAAACAAAUUCGGCAAUAAUUAUAAUGCUCCCAAUCAGUUGUUCUUGUUGCAAAGACAUGUUGAACGUGUUCAAAAUUUGAUAGGGACAAGAAAACUGUUUUGGGAAUUUCUGGCGAACAUCUUUGCAACUCUUCGCAACUUUGAACAAACCAUGACCAAAAAAACACUACGUGCGCACAUACAUGCAAACAUUAGCCGCUCCUUGAGAAUAGGGGCUGAAAGGUCAACGCUUGCUAUUGCUGUAGCAGCUACUGUACUGUUUGAAGUCAGUGAUUGCAGGGCUUUAUUACUCUUAUUUGUCAAAUGUAAUUUGGUUGAAUGUGUGUUAAUUUUCUGAAUUUCCACUGUUUGUUGGACAUGCCAUAUUCAUGAGUCCUGAGUUUUUUUUUCAACUCCACCGUGUACUUUCCGUAUGGCCCUUGUAAUCAUGUGUUUAUGGCUCUUUUUUUUGAAUCAAUACUGGCCUAACAUACACUUACAGAUUGAUUCCCCCGUGGAGUUUGUUUGUGCAUUUGUAAUUAUAAAGACUAGAGACAUUUGUAUUGUAUUCCAGAAUUUUUUUGUUUCUCUUCUGAUACUGAGGUCAGUCUGAUCAUUUCAUAUCCAAAGAAAGUCACUGCAUUUGUUUACAUUUAUUCAGCAGUAAUGAGCUGACAAAACAGGACAAGGAAGCAACGUUGAAAAAUUGUAUCCAAAUGUAUAUUUUAUAUUUUGAUGUUCCAUGAACCACAUCCUGUUACUGUGCUCUAUGCUUUCAAUGGAAAUUGAGUAUUACAAUUUCAGGUUUGUGCAAAAUGGUGUGUUGGAGAGCUUGCACCUUUUGAGGAUUGUACAUAUGAGAGAUGAGCUGUUGUUCUCAUUCUAGCCAAAUGUCUGAGAAGCCUUCCUGUCAACAAUACAUAAAGCAUACAUCUUUUUGUCGCUUCUGACUCCAGCUGAGAGUCUGACAGAAGACCCACUGGCUAAAAUUAUUCAUUUGAGCUUAAUGAUCAGUCAUAACACUGAUAAAGGCAGGAAGUUUUUUUAGUGGAACAAUUAUACUGUCUGAUCCUAAAUUAUAAAAUCUGUAACUGUAAAAACAAUCAGAACCGCUUGAUUUCAGAUGUUUUUGAUCCAAUUUUGAUAAUUGGUGAACAUGGGAUUCAAUGUAGGUGUUGUGCCGUUUCUGCCUUUAAAUCCUCAAGUGUUAUAUGAAAUAUGUGAUCUGUAUAUCGAAUAAAUUUUGAGAAAAAAAA